AUGCGCUUGCCACGGGCCCUGCUGCUGCUCGCCCUCCUGGGCCUGGCCACCGCCAGCCUGGCGCUCUCCUCCUGCCCCACGCUCGACCUCGAGCACGUCCGCAAGAAGCGCGUGGAGGCCAUCCGCGGCCAGAUCCUCAGCAAGCUGCGCCUCACCAGCCCCCCGGAGACGGCGGGGCCCGGCCACGUGCCCUACCAGGUCCUCGCCCUCUAUAACAGCACCCGCGAGCUGCUGGAGGAGCUGGAGGGCGAGAAGGAGGAGAGCUGCGCGCAGGACGGCACCGAGUCCGAGUACUACGCCAAGGAGAUCCACAAGUUCGACAUGAUCCGGGGCCUCCCCGAGCACAACGAGUUGACCUACUGCCCCAAAGGUGUCACUUCGAACGUCUUCCGCUUCAAUGUGUCUUCAGCAGAAAAGAACAGCACCAACCUCUUCCGAGCUGAAUUUCGUGUCUUGCGAGUGCCAAACCCCAGUUCCAAACGCAUCGAGCAACGCAUUGAGCUCUUCCAGAUUCUGAAGCCUGAUGAGCACAUCGCAAAGCAGCGUUACCUCAGUGGCCGGAACGUGAUGACGCGGGGCUCCCCCGAGUGGCUGUCCUUUGAUGUCACAGAGACUGUGCGUGAAUGGCUUCUGCAUAGAGAAUCUAACCAGGGAUUGGAGAUCAGCAUCCACUGCCCAUGCAAUACCUUCCAGUCAAAUGGUGACAUCUUGGAGAACCUGCAUGAAGUUCUGGAGAUCAAGUUCAAAGGCAUCAACAGCGAAGAUAGCCACGGGCGAGGGGACUUAGGGAGUCUGAAGAAGCAGAAAGACCUUCACAAUCCCCACUUGAUUUUGAUGAUGCUGCCCCCGCAUAGGCUUGGAAGUCCAGCCGUAAGAAGCCAAAGGAAAAAACGAGCACUAGACACCAAUUACUGCUUUCGGAACCUGGAAGAGAACUGCUGUGUACGCCGUCUCUACAUCGACUUCCGGCAAGACCUGGGCUGGAAAUGGGUUCAUGAGCCCAAGGGGUAUUUUGCCAACUUUUGUUCUGGACCAUGCCCAUACCUCCGCAGCGCAGACACAACUCACAGCACGGUGCUUGGCCUGUAUAAUACCCUGAAUCCUGAAGCCUCGGCCUCCCCCUGCUGUGUGCCCCAGGAUCUGGAGCCCCUCACCAUCUUGUACUAUGUUGGAAGGACACCCAAAGUGGAGCAGCUGUCCAAUAUGGUGGUGAAAUCCUGCAAGUGUAGCUGAAAGGGACUCAGCACCACCAGUAGCUGAGGAACUGCAAUGAUCCGCUCUCUGUUCACUGA